AACCAAAGAAGAGAGAAGGCGGCUUGUAAGGCCACUUGUAAGGGUACAUUACAAGUGCAGUAAUAGCCAAAAAGAAGCUCUGAAGAAGAGAGGAACGUCAAUUAAUUAAUCAAGACAGCAUAAUGAUUCAACGAACUUUACGUCCUUAGUUAUAUUUGUGUCGCAAGGAUUAUAUAAAAAAAAAAAAAAAUAAAACGCAAUGCAACGUUUACCUCCCGUAUGUGCGGGUAUAGACUAUAAUUCGCAAAUCCUUUAGUCUAAACGGCGCCGAACUAACUAACUACUAUUCCUGCACUGCCGACAAACCAAAGUUUAACUUUGGAACGACUUCGGGAAGCCCUAUGUAUCACAGACCAAUGGCGUGUAGGCUAUCGGUGUGCAUAACACUACUAACUUGGCUGUCCUUGUUAAUAAUUGUUAGCCAGUCGGUACGUAUAACAAACCUAAAGGUGCCUCAUACCUAUACACUGGAACGUCAUAUGGAACCCGAUCCUUUGGUGCUAGAUUGCGAAUAUGAACUGGGUCCGCGUGAAAAGGGUUUUGUACUCAAGUGGUUAUUCAAUAAUCAUUCCAUAUACCAAUGGAUACCCUCCGUGAAAGGUUUUGCUAUGGGUAUUAUGAAAACGAAAAUAAACACCGAAAUCUUUACUUUAGAAGGUAGUCCGGGAGUAAUAUCAAUACGUAGACCAGAUUGGAAUAUGACCGGUGAAUACACAUGCUUUGUGCAGACAUUCGAGUCAACCGAUAAAAAAAGUAGUCGCUUACAAAUUAUAGUUCCGGAAUCGGAUUUUUUACUGGAAACUAAAUUGGAUGGCGAACAUGAAAAUGUUGAAGUAAUGUGUGCUGUGCAAAAUGUAUAUCCACAACCUGUGCUAUCCGUCAUCAGAUUUGAUACAAAAAUACUAGACUCAGUCCUAACGCAAAUGGAUCAGAAUUCGAGUGGCUUAUAUAGCAUGACCGUUAGAACGCGUAUACCUAAAGAGAAAUUGGAAUCACCUACACCGAUAACAUGUGCAUUUUACCUACACGGUACUAACUAUACCAAAAGACGGGAAACUAUUUUCUAUGAUAAAGCAACAAAUAUACAACGUAAGUGGACAACUGUCGCUGUAGUAAUGUCGAUCGCAUCCUUAGCUUUAAGCAGUUAGUUUGAUCAAAUAAAUAAAAUAUAUUUGUGUUCGUAUAGGAUAUUUCUAU